AUGCUUCCGCUGCGCUCUCCUCGUGAUUAUCACCCCCUACUUCCUCCCGCCGCGCCCUGCAUGCCCUCUUCCUUUCUCCACUUCCGCUCACCCUCCCCACUCUCUCGCCUCCAUCUCCUCUCCCCUUCUCCGCCCUUCCCCCUUCGCCUCCGAUUUCUCCCCCCUCUCCGCGAACUCCCCCCUCGUGGCAGCGGGGCAGCGUGGGCGUGU